CCAGCCGCACGCCCCCUGGUCGCGGGCGCGGGAGUUGCGGCGGCCGAUUUACACCGAGUGAAUGAACUGACAGCGCGCAAAGAGGGUACAGGUGCGCUGGCAGCAGGGUGGUGCAGCCGGCAUCCGACAGCAUGGGGGUGAAAGCCAAGCGAGUUGAUUUUGAAUGGGUGUACACCGACCAGCCUCAUACGCAGAGGAGGAAAGAGAUGUUAGCAAAGUAUCCUGAGAUCAAGUCACUCAUGGGACCAGACCCCAAUCUGAAAUGGAUUGUGUUUGGAAUGGUUGUUACACAGACCAUUGCCUGCUACUUUGUGAAAGAUUUGCCUUGGAAAUGGAUCGUCUUCUGGGCUUAUGCUUUUGGAGGUGCUGUCAAUCACUCGCUAACCCUCGCCAUCCAUGAUAUUUCUCACAAUGUUGCAUUUGGCAAUAAGCUCGCAAAAUGGAACCGACUGUUUGCAAUAUUUGCUAAUCUCCCUGUUGGAAUGCCUUAUUCUGCAUCGUUCAAGAAAUACCACAUAGAUCAUCAUCGAUACCUGGGAGGCGAUGGCUUAGACGUUGAUAUUCCAACUGAUAUUGAGGGAUGGCUCUUUUGCACUCCAUGUCGCAAAAUCAUUUGGCUUAUUCUCCAACCACUUUUUUAUGCACUUCGGCCUCUUUAUGUUAACCCUAAACCCAUUACAAGACUGGAAGUAUUAAAUGCUGUGGUGCAGUUUGCAUAUGAUUUUCUCAUCUACUACCUGUGGGGUUUGAAGCCUAUAGUAUACCUGAUAGCUGGCUCAUUCCUGUGUAUGGGUAUACAUCCAAUUUCCGGACAUUUUAUUGCUGAGCAUUACAUGUUCCUUAAAGGUCACGAGACCUAUUCGUAUUACGGGCCUUUGAACUGGAUAACCUUCAAUGUUGGAUACCAUGUUGAACACCAUGACUUCCCCAGCAUUCCAGGCAGCAAGCUACCACUGGUGAAAGAGAUUGCUCCUGAGUACUAUGAGAACCUACCCCAGCACACAUCCUGGGUCCGUGUGCUUUGGGACUUCGUUUUUGAUGACAGCAUUGGUCCAUACUCCAGGAUUAAAAGGGAGUGCAAGCUUGUGAAAGAUGAUUGAGGGGAACAGAAAUAGAGAAGAAAAUCCUGUAAUUCCUGGCAAUCAGAAAUGAAAGUAAAAAAAAAAUCUGAAAUAAAUUAGCUUCAACCAUUACGUGAAAAGUCAUGUCAACAAUUAGACUCAAUAUUUACAUGAACUAGCAGUUCUUUUAAUAUUCAAGUUAAAUAAUCUGCUGUACGGUGUCACAAAACUAUGAUAUUAAAUAAGGUCAUUAAAUUACAAUUAUUUUUAGCACCAUUCAAAAUAAUUCUGAUUCUGACCCAGUUGUUGAGCCUGUAUUUUGUUGAAGCACUAAAAUAUUUUAGGUCCAUUUUUUUUAUUUUGGGAAAACUUUGGCUUUACACCAAUAUUGAAUCAAGAUGUGAACAGACUCCAAAAUGAAACAGAAUUCUGCUCACCCCUGAGUAGUGUCCUCUGUGAUUCUGAGGUGAGGCUUGGUUUGUACUGCAACAUUGCUGUGAACUGAUAAUAACGCUACAAAUCUUGUGCAGAUGCACUGUUAGACAAUGAAAUAACAUUUUUCAGUUGAGGUAUACACGCUGGCCGACUCAUGUGUUAUUUGAAUAAAGUUGCCCUAGAAAGGGGAGUUGCUUUAUUACUGCAAUAUCAAACCCUGUCUUUUCUCUCUCAUAAAACCACCAAGUCCAAAGAGUCGCAUAAUCAGAUUGGGUCAAUUUAUCUUUAUUGAAUAUAUCAACGUGGUGUUCAUUGCAUUCACUGAGGUCCAUUAAUAUAUGAAUAACUCAUUCUCCACAGCGAAAAUAAUUAACAUUAGGCUUUAGAAAUUUGUUGCAUUUACUAAUACCUGCAAUUUUAAAAAAACUGCAGUAAAUUGGUAGCAGUUAAAGUAGUGUGAAAAAAAUGUGGUGGCCAUUUGUUAUUCUACAGUCAUAAUGCAUUUAGGAGUGAUUAUCUGUACUGAAGAUGCUGAUAAUCUGGAAUGCCUCCACUCCUACUUUUAAAAUACUCAUGUCCAGUUAACAUAAAUGAGGAUCUGUAGUUUUACAGAUUCUCUGUAUGCGAAAGAAAUUUAAAGUGCAUAUUUCUUGUCACUAAACCACCACCUUUUGCUCUCGCGAGUAUCUUAAUAACUAAAUUACGUUUAUAAGCAUCUGGUCCUUUGCAAAAAGAAAAUGGAUCACCUAACUCUACUCUGUUCCCGGAGUUUUAAGGAGCAUAAGCUUGUGCACAGAUUUAGAUGUGAAGGUCCAGUUAUUUUUCAUAGGCUCCAAAACCAAAUUUAAUUUAAAUAUCAUAGAUGAAGUAAUCAUUGGAAUUUGCUUGAGUUAUUACAAAAUAUGCAAUCAGAUUCAGCUGAAAUUUCACUCCUUUCACUACCAUCAGAUAAUGAGAUUUCUCUUGAUACUGCUUUCACAGAUAAAAUUAUGUUAGUGGAGAUAGAUUGGCUAAAUUGUUUUUAAAGCGGUAAUUUAUUUCACUAACAAAUAGCAGUGCAAAUAUAGACUUUGACAGUAGCUUUGUAGAACAUUUCAUUAUGCCUAAAUACACGUGUAUAUGAAGUUUGUAAUCAAAACAGAACUUGAACUGACCUACUUGUGUGUGUAAUUUUAUUUUACAUUUCGCUCAGCGAGAAAGAACUUUUUAUGACAACAAUAUUAGUGACUGAAGCUUUGACAGUUAGAGUCUGAAUGAUAAUGCUUCAGCAUGUUCCGAUGCAUUUUGUUUCUUUUUGAUAGUAAUUUAUUGCAAUAAUGACACUUCAAGCUAUCUUUUUGUCUGUGGGGGGAGGCGGGGGGUGACUUUGAGAUGUAUGAAUAUAUGAGCAGUGGAUUUCUACCUUAAUUAUGUAGACCUUGGGAAAAUACUGCUGCCUCAGGUCAGUCUUAACCUACGUAUUUCAUGGGUCAGUUUCAGUUUGUUCUAAAAGACACUGUGGUGUUCUGGUGUUCUGAUGUCAUGAGGGCAGCAUGCAUUUCUUUGUAUGGUACAGGUCGGGUAGCUCUUCCUUGAUCAGCAAAGAUAUGAUGGGCCAAACGACUCCUCCUGCUUUGUAAGUUAGCUGUGGUCCUAAGUUGUUGUACUUUGUUCAUAUGUAUGUGUUUAUAAGAUUGGUCUGCAUUUAUCUAUCAUGCCUGAUGAUCCUUGCUGGUGAGGGUGAACUGAAAGUGGAAAAGUGUGUGUCAUAAGUAGUGAGAAUUAAAUAUAUCCAAGUCAGAAGAAAGAUUUCAUAAAUUGCAGCUAAGAAAUGAGACAGCAGAAAUGUUUUAGUAUGUUAGUGGACUAUUAUCCCACCAGCAGCCUUGUAGAAGUAUCUUUUUGUAGCUCUGGUCACAGCAAGCUGGUCUUACUUUUAAAAUUGCUCUGUGGGUGGAUAACAUAGAAGUCUUUGUGCUCUGAUCAAUUGCUGAUGAGUUGCAUCAAUGGCAGCUAUGGAAUCAGACCUUGACCUACCAAGCAUUUGGUACUUUCUCAUAUCCUUGCGUAGAAAGUAAACAGCUUAUCCCACGAUGAAUGUAUGUCACUUCCUGUUCUAUUUAGUACAUUAGGUAGGUUAAGGAUUGUUAAAAUUGCAGUUACAGUGGGUUAAUGUGAAUGCAAUUAAUAAAGGUUUAAACAAUAAUGCAGUGAAGCAAGACAAACCAUUAUGUAAAUUCUGAUCAGUUAUGUAAUUAAGAGCAGAAUGCUCCCCUGAAUAAAAGGAGUUUGAAUAUUGUUUGCUUUAAUAGUUUCAAAUGCCAGAGAAGUGUUUACAUUACAAUAUGAGGAGUAAAUUACAGCUUUUUUUUAAAGAGCUGAGUGGUGAAAGGAUUGGAUUCAAUCUGCUGGAAGGGCCCUUUUUUCUCUCAUUUGUGACUUCCUUGGUGUAGAUAAAUCAUUCAUUGGACAUGAUUUGAGCCCUAAAUUAUUCCUAAAUGAAUACACCGAUUGUCUCAUUCAGAAGAGUCAUUGCUGUUUAUGUAGGCAGCCCGUGUCACAGGUAAUGAGAACUAGAAGGAUUAUUUUGCAAAUUGCUGCUCCACAUCCCAGGAAAACUGAACAGCCAGAAAUGUCAACAUUGUUUUAUUAAUAUGCUAACUGACUGCUAUACUAUUUUUAGCCUUGACGAAGACUACAGUAGUCCUGGCUAUUUGAAGCUUGACUUGAGUUUCAAUACCCAAGGUUGACUGAUACAUUAAUUAGAGUUGUUCUAGCAUUUGAGAGAAUGUUUCUGAAAGUGAAUAAUAUGUGGCUCUUCAAUAAACAAAAGAGAAUACACUCCAGAACAGAAUUAAUAGGCCAUCACAUUAGUACAGGCUAGCUCUUCUGGGUUAGUGGUAUAACAAAGGUAAAAUUCAUUUUGCAGCUAAAUCUGAGGCAAUGUGAUAAAUAGAGAUGGCAAAUAGCAGAAAUAAACAUUGCUAAGGCCCGGUAGAUAAAUAUGCACUCUAUAACUUACACACAGAAAUAAAAUUAUUUUAGAUGGUUUAGCUAGUGUGAAGAAAGAAUGGUGUAUAUUUAUGUUCUCUGACACAGCAUCGAUACCCCUCAGACUGAGUGGCAUGCAAAUUUAUCACAUUAAAAAUAAAAGCUUUCCUAUCCCCCAGAACCUGCUAGUUAAUGUAAAUGGCUACAUUCAGGGAUAAUUUAAUUGAGCUCUUCAUUUCAUGAUGAAUUAGCUGAGCUUUGAUUUUAAUGGCAUCUCAACUUUCCAAACAGAUUAUUUUCUUACCAUCUUUCUCACUGAUUCAGUUGCAUAGCUACAAAAUUCUGUACUCGAGGUAAAGAAUUACUUAUAUGAUGUGGUUGAUACCCAUAAUGAGGUCCAAACUCGCGAUAAAUCAAUUAAAAUAGUGUGAUUACUGGUUGUCAAUAAGGAUACAGUGGUAAAAUGUUUUAAGAAAUCAAUUUGUUUCCUAAAUAAUUAUGCUAUGACAAUACUGGAAGAUCCUAAUCCAGUCUGCUUGAAAUAUUAUUGUUUAUUUGCCUGACUUUAGGAUUGAUGAAGAUUAGGCUUUUACUUAGUAGAACUGUCUGCAUACGUAAAUAGAUACAAGAUUUAGCCUUGAUCAGCUAUGGUUAUUUGUGUCAAGUCUUGACCAGCCUAUUAAAUGGAGCAUUUCAUUUAAGAAAAUUAAAUUUGUUCUCUUAGUCACUUUUGGAGCAGAUUAUGUGGAAAUAUUUUUGAGUAUGUUUUUCCUAUCAUGUAAAUACUAUUUCUAAAAACUGCUUUGCUGAUAUUAAAAUGUGAUUUCUCUUUAAAGUUAGGAUGUUUCUUUAAAAUUUCUUUUGGAAAUUACAUAAAUAAAGACUUUCAGUACUAUUUAAUUUGAAAGUUUUAAAAUUAAAGUUGAAUUUCAAAUAAAAUUGAGUGCAAAUUGUUUACAGAAUGAGUUGUCUUGUGUAUUAAAUAUUACUUCUGCACGUGGCGAAUGGAUAAUUAGGGAAUCCACCUGGACCUUGCACGUUUACUCCUGCAUUUGCAGCUGUACAAUUUAAAGUUAUCAUUUAAUAUAAUCAAUACUUGUGUUUUGUGUACUGAAUCACAAUGUACUUGGAUUAAUAUUCUAGCAGUGGAUAUUUACAACAGUAAUCAUUCUCUUAUCUGCUUAACUUCCCGCUUUGCAACGUUCUGUAACUGGAACUUUCAACAUCCUGCAAUAAAGAACCUUCUGUUGAAAACCAGUCCAAGAACAAAUUCAGUCAUCCAACAUUCUGUUUGACCGGUAGCAUGCCUCUCCGCCCUCAGCACUUAACAGCUAUGAUGUACACAGCUAGAGCUCAAAGCCUUCUU